ACUACCAAGUGUUUUUUACUCCGGAAAGAAAUAACAGUGUUUUGUUUUUUUUAUUAUACUUCACAAUUAUCACAUUGUCAAGUGUCAGUACUGUCAAUGUCGGUAUAUCCGCAUCGUCUGAAAUCAGUUUUUUUCACUAAACAUUGUGGAUUGUCUCAGGUUAAAUUUUGUCUGUGUUGGUCGGUUUCGUAUGAAUUGUUAGUUUUACUACUGAACUAACAUAAAUAGUGAUAUCUCUGAUAUAGUACAUCUUUGUUUAAUUUACGUCAGGUAUUAUAACAAUGGGUAGUCAGCAGUUGUACAGCCUCUCCUGGGGAGAGUUUGGAACCUCUCUGACAUCGACUGUUCAGGUGUUGCGAGGUCACGGGGAGAUGGUGGAUGUGACGCUAGCGGCUGGUGGGCGGAUAUUCCCAGCUCACAAACUUGUCCUCAGUGCGGCCAGCCCUCUGCUCAUGGAGCUACUCAAGAGUACACACUGCCACCAUCCUGUAGUGAUGUUGGCAGGUAUCACUGCACCAGACCUAGAGGCUCUACUGCAGUUUGUAUACCAGGGAGAGGUGAGUGUGGACCCCACACAACUGCCUUCACUGCUGCAGGCAGCUCACUGUCUCGACAUCCAGGCUCUGUCUCCUCAAACUCUCACUACUGAGAAAACAAUGACGCAGAUCACAGUACCCGUGGUAAUGAACGAUGGCAUGAGAGAGAUGAACCACGGACAGAACAAUGUGCCUAUGAGAGACAUGAACAGUCCACUGCUGCCGGUGCGUAAACGUAAACGCAAACAGCGGCACAGCUCGGAGACGGACGGUGUCAAGUGGGGGGUGACUGAAGGGUUAGGGGUAGGAGGCGUAGGGGUGGGAGUCGCAGUGGAGCCACGUCCCUUGGAACAUGUCGAAAUUCCCGUUGACGAGCAUAUGAAAGAUGAGCUUGUGGAUGAGCAACACUGUAAUGGAGAACCACCUGCUACCAAGAAGCUUGUGUCAGACCUGCCGGUUGAAUGUACUGUCUGUGGAGUGACAUUGCGGCAGUCUCGUAACCUGCGUCGUCACAUGGAACUCAUUCAUCUCAAGGUGGAGAAUGGCGGGAAACAACGAAAGAUACAAACGGUCAAAGACGAAACAAAGAAACCGGAGGAGGAAAACAUUCAAAAUGUACCAAAUGUUCAAGGUGUACAAAGUGUUCAAAAUGUGCAAAACAUACAAAGUGUGCAAAGCGUACAGAAUGUCCAGAGUGUACAAACAUUGACAGAGGUGGUGGAGGGGGGAGUAGAGGCAGGGCCAUCUCGCCUCCCUCCGCCUGCCCCACCCUCACACUUGCUCUCCCCUCCCUUGUAUCACAGUAGCACCCAGUGUGACCCCUACAGCCACACGAUGGCACAACAGUUCACACACGACAGUGUGUUCCGGCAACACCAGACCGAGUUGCUGCGCGGUGCAGGACUCUACGCAGACACCAGAGAGCACUGCGCCACCGAGUGAAACAUGAUCAUACUAAUUUCCCGCCCUAGCCAGUACAACAGGAUCUUGUAAUUGGUAUUUAAACGCUAAAGAACAACACCCUUGUAUCUAAUGUUUUAAUUGGAUCCAGAACACUGAUGUGUUAAAUUUGUUGGACCCUUACCUGACUUGUCUUCCUUAAUUAUACUAGUAUUAGUAAUAAGUACGACAUUUUGGUGUUAUUGUUACAUCCUGAUAGUUAACACAUUGCGGAUUACUGAUAAAAUAUUUCAUAUCUCUUAAUGAAAUGGCUGGGACUAGCGAUAACGAGCUCUAGUUGCAAAGGUGAUCUGCUUUUAAUUUUACCUCCUAAUAGUUGUAAUAACUUCUUCUAGAAUGUGAGCGCCAUUAUUAAUCUACUGAAUGUUAUUAGCAACAACUUUUUCUUUAGUUUUCACAAACAAGUUUGUAAAUAUUUUAUAGAUCGCAAUUGUAUGGAGAAGUUGAAAAAUCAGCUGAAUUCCUCUACGUUAUGUAGUGUUACUGAUCUAUUGUUUUCUCACGUUGUUUUUACAAAUCUAUUGUUUAGUUUUGAAUUUUUUACGAUAAUUGUUGCAUGUAUUAUGCACUAAUAAAAAUGAAAAUUGUGAUCGCCUGAAAUGGAUCAGUAUUUAUUAAAGAGUGCUAGUGAGUGUAAUAUAAAGUGUUACAAUAGUUCAUGGAAUGGUGUAUUGUAUAUCAUUCUAAUUCUAGAGACGAAAAUAUGUCUAACUUAUAUACUAGAAUCCAGUUUAAAGUACAAGUAAAUUGAGUAUAAACACUGGAUGGUUCAUUCCAAAUUACUGUUCUGCUGCCGAUGAGCAACUGAUUUGAGCCUUUCCCAGCCAAACAAAUUGGAUUCGCGCCAGUCCCAGCCAAAUAAAUUGACCCGCAAUGGGUUAAACGGUGCACAUUUAGGAAGUACAUAGUUUUUUACAAGUAACUGUUAGUGGUUCCAAUAGUGUCGUUUGUAUAGUUUUUAUGGACGUUUCUGAGUUUAUUGUAAAUAAAUCAAAUUAUAAAUGUUGUCAGAGAAAUUUAACCUGAAAGCAGAUUUCAAAUAUAGAGUUUACAUGAAAUGAAGGAAAAUAUGUUAUGGGAUUCUUGUUAGUAGUCAAGACUUUUCUCAGUAAAUGUCACUAAGGAACAUAUUCAACUAGUUUUAACACAGUAUUAAAAAAGGCUUUGCAACUCCAAAGUUAAGGAACUGUUCAAGGUCAUAUGAUAGGCCAUUACAUAUUUUUUGGAACACAACAAAGAAUUUUUCCAUAUUGUAAAAAGUGGCAUAUUGUAUUAAUCUGUUAUUCUAAAGUUGUAGUAUGUAUUUAAAUAUACACUUUUGUGCUCGUAUUUGUUGUGAACUCCCUUAGUUUAAACACUUUUUUUGGGGGGAAAAUGGUAUUGUACACAUUGAGAAUGCAAUUUGUCAUUGAAAAGUUGAUUUGGGUGUCCACAGAUAUUAUCAGAGCUCAUUUUUGGAAACUGAAUCUCUACGUAUGAUUGUUUUUGAUACUGUCACCAGACUUCAGUCCCAUAACGAAUUAAAGGUUCAAACAUAGAAUUAUGAUACUAGUUGGAAUACUCGCUUCAAAAAAACAAACAUCUUUUGUACUUAUUAAACAUUGGUCAUUAAUUUCAAAUAUUGUCCAGAAAUAGAUAAGUUGCCAUAGAAAAUUUUUAGAAAUUUGAGACUGAAUGAAACUUGAAUUAAAGAUUCAGAAAUAGAACCAAACUUAUCCUUAUUCGAACAUAGAAAAAUGAUGCUAGCUGGAAUACUCAAAUACUGAAAAUUUAUCACAUGAAAAUAUUUAACAUCAUGCACCUUUAAAAAAUGUGCAUAGUUAGUUUUAUACUCCUAAUAACGUAUAUUAUUUCUGACAGUUGUACUCUUUUUGUACAUGUGACCUUCAUUUGUGUGAACGGCUGGUGAACUGUCAUAUAACGUUUCUCAUGCAUCAAGUACAGAAACUAGAGCUGGGGCAGAUUGAGCUUAGGACUUCAGAGUUAGCUACUAGAGUGAGCUAUAGUAAAGUCUCAUGUGAGAAAUCUUUUUAGUCCGCUUUAAAUUUCUGUUUUGUCUUUAUUUAAGGCAUUACUUUAGUGAUCAUUUAAAUGGAAAGUCCCUCUCUAAUUAGCUUUAGAAAUUUCAGUAAGAAAUGAAAAUGUUAUAUUAUUUAAAAUAUAUAUUACUGUUAUAUUACAUUAAAAUAUGUUAUUUAUAUACAGUUUGUUUUAGAAAUAUUUUUUACCCACAUAAAAUGUAUUACAUAAAAUAAUAUUUUGUACAGUAAGUUUUUGUUCAUUAGUACAUUAUUUUUAAUGUAUUUUUGUUUUGUUUUACCACAUAUAAGAUCAUGUAUAGUACCGUAUCGAUAGUAUGGUGUCGUAAUGAAAAUAUUGACAGAUAAUAUGUGAACAUGUUCUAGUUAAAUUACAUUAACUAAUAAAUAACAAGUUUUGGGAUUUAUUAUUAAUAAACAAUAAUAAAAUAACAUAAACUAUAUGUGUUGUAUAUAGUGUCUACACAAUGUGUACGUGUUUGUUGAAGUUAAACAGAAUUCUUAAUGAGAAACAUCAUUGUACAACUUUUUAUACAAUGUUUACACGCUUAUACAGUUAGUACAUAGCAAUAUAAAAGUCUUGAAACUGAGGAAUAGAAUAGGUUAAUACUUGAUGUUAUUUUUUCGUUAUUGUUUAAAACUUGAUAUUGUUAUGUUUAUAUGACUUGUAUUUUUAUACAUUUGUUUUUUGUAAUAGCAAAAGUAUGUAAUGUAUCUAGCCCUAUUUAUAAAUGUUGUAUUAAUUUUAGUGCUAAGAUAAUUUGAAAUGUAAAAUUUUCUUGAGCA